GCGCCAUAUCAUCGGCGCAAAACCCAACCCGAUCAAAAGUCUUCGCCAUUUUCGUCAUCAUUUGCAUCGCCAUAAACGUCUUCUUCUACUUCUUCAACCCACUUCGAACGACUCCACUUUCUCAAACCUAUAAAAUUCCUAGUUAGUUUGACUUGUCCUUGCGAUUAAUAUUCCUCCGAGCAAAUUACAAGCCCUUUCCGUUGCGAUUAAUCAGACGGCGGAUAAUGGGAUGUUUUGCCAGCAAGAGUGCUGAUUCCAAAUCCAGCCGCCUCUCUAGAUGGCGUGCAACUGGCAUUGUAGCGUUACGCGACGGAAAAUUGAAGUCAUUUCCAGAUGAUGUUCUAGAGCUGGACAAAUCUGUAAGGACACUUGAUCUAACACACAACAAAUUAGUUGAUGUCCCAGAGCAGAUCAGCAAACUAAUCAAUAUGCAGAGGCUGAUUUUGGCAAAUAAUGUACUUGAGCGUCUUCCAAUGAAUCUUGGGAAACUCAAGUCUUUAAAAUUUAUCAUACUCGAUGGAAAUAAACUUACCAAAUUGCCAGAUGAAGUGGGCCAAUUGGUGAAACUUGAGCGGUUAUCUAUUUCUAGCAACCUGUUAGCCAGUCUUCCUGAAACCAUUGGAAGCUUGAGGAAUUUGUUGCUACUAAACGUCUCGAAUAAUAAACUAAAGUCUCUUCCAGAAUCUGUUGGGAGCUGCUUUUCUCUAGAAGAGCUACAAGCAAAUGAAAAUUCCAUUGAAGAACUUCCCACUUCGGUUUGCAGUCUGAUUCAUCUGAAAUCACUUUGCUUAGACCAUAACAAUUUGAAACAGAUUCCUCCAAGUUUAUUGAAAGAAUGCAAGGUUCUGCAGAAUAUUUCAUUGCAUGGUAAUCCCAUAUCUAUGGAUCAGUUCCAGCAGAUGGAAGGAUUUGAAGAGUUUGAAGAUAGAAGGAAAAAGAAAUUCGACAAGCAAAUAGAUUCAAAUGUGAUGAUCAGUUCUAAAGGUCUUGAUGAGGGCGUUGACCUAUGAACCAUGGUCAAUUGGCUUUGAUUUGUUCUAUUUGUGUUUGCUGUAAGUUAUUAUAAUGAGAAUGCUACUGUUGUUUAUAAAAGUGUGGAGUCUAAGAUGCUUAGUAAAUAUGAAUAUAACUUUGGAUAAAUUAAUCAA